AUGGGCGGAUUGUCAUCAAAUUUCGAAGAAGGCAGUGAACCACCAGCGGCUAAAAACUUGAAAUUUUCGACUUCAUUAACUGGAUACGAACUCGACAUGGAGUAUAAACAAAGCAUAAACAACACCAACACCAACAGUAGCAGCAGCAACAACAACAACAUGACAAGAGACAUGGAAUAUGAUGGUAGGGCCACACCUGUGCUUGAUGAACACUCGCCAACUCAGUCAUCCUCUACCUCAUCAUCUCUACUGACCAUGACUUCAUCUAACUUGAUGGUAGCGCCAUCCUCUUCCUCGAAACCGGAAAGCAAGAGUCACCACCAGUCGAGACUUGAGGAGUUAUUCCUCAAUUUCACGAAAGCGUCUGGAAAAAUUUUGAAAGGUAGAAACAAAGCAUCCUUCGAUGAUGAGGCUAGCAGCGACCACAGCGUCCACCACCACCAUCGCAAUAAAAGCAAACAUCAAAAGCACGAUGACGCUAAAGAAUAUAAACGACGCGAUGAUUACGACGCCAACGAUGAUGAUUACGGUCAUCAUCACAACCAUCACCGCCAUAAGAGUAGAGAUAAGAGGGAUAGCGAGAGUAGAUAUUCACGACGAACUGAUGAAUUGAAAUCAAAUGAAAGGUACAAAGAGAAAGAAACUUCGAAGCACAAAUCGAGGAAAGAUGAGAGCAGACACAGAGAGGAUAGCGGGAAGUAUGACGGUGACGACGAUGACGACAGGUCACCACCGCCACCUCCACCUGUCCGAGUUACCACAGCUUCAACUUCCGUCACAAAUCAGUCGAUCAUAUUUUCCACGGAUGGUCAUUCUCUGGUCAGUGCAACAUCAUCCAUACCUUUUCCAUAUUACACCCAGCAGUUACCGAUCAGUGUUUCAUCAUCCUCGAACAUCAUCACUAAUCAAGGGGUCUAUCAAGCAGUAAAUACACAAGAUGGUAUUUCUCAACUUCAAGCUGUGCCAUCCAACGUCGAUAAUUCCCAGUACAUGUAUGAAGAAGUUGUUUAUCUAUUCACUGAGGAAGAUGAUUCUGUUGGUCAGUUGCAGCAGAUUGGUCAGCUGCCCAUGCAACAACAGCCACAACCACAGGCUCAACAUUUAUUCCAAGGAGGCAGCAGCAACAAUCCCGGAAAUAUAAUUGUCGCCAGCUCGACUGACAACUUGUAUGGAGAUAGGUACUUGUAUCACUCUAUCAUCAAAAGUGACAACAACGUCGUUCUCAUUCCCAGUCACCUGCCCCAGCAACAACAACUGCAACAGCAGCAACAGUUUGCUCUGCCACUGACUGUUCAUCCGCAGCAACCGCAACCUCAAAUGAUUCUUCAGCCUCAGCAACCAGUAGUGCAACCAGUACAACAGUACGUGCCCAUCAAUGUACCACCACCAGUUCAACAGGCACCUCAACUUCAUCACCAGCAAGUUAUCGUCCAGCAACAACAACAACAGCAACCGUACUCGCUUCCUCCUCCUUCUCUUCCUCCACCAGCCAUCCCUCCUCGAACCAAUCUGCCCCCUCCACCAUUUGUUUUCACUCAGCAACCACCCCCACCUCUUCCUCAAGCUUUUGUACCCGCCCCAUUUUAUGCACCACCUCAACUGAAGCACGAGGUAACAGUUCCACAACCUCCACAACCAUCGCCCUACUCAUUUGCUUCAAAUUCCAUCAGCGUGAUAUCGCCAUUGUCCUCUUCGUCGUCAUCCACUUAUCUACCAGCUGAUCCCGUUAUGAAAGUUGGUUUAAAGUUGGCUUCAGAUCUGUCAGUUAGGCCUCCUCCAACUAUGCCCGCCAUGAUCAAGAGACCCUCCAAUCUGACGACCAUCACUCUCACGGAACCGGAUGAUGCACUGAAUUAUGAGGAGGGAGUUAAUUUGUACGGCAGUGGGGAUGUGCUACGUAAAAGUGGCACUGUCUACUGCAAGGCCCUCAACCCCAGUAUGUUCAGCAGCUGUGUCUACAGCAGUAGAUCCGUGAGCAAGUCUCUCAGCUACAGCGAGAUUGAAAGGCAGAAGGUUAAUAAAGGCGUCGUGCAACCGCUGAUCAACAACAACUCCGGCACCCUAACAGCAAUCAAACCGUCACCGCAGCAACAACAACAACAAACAUUUAUUUCUUCUUCUAACCUAGUCUUGCUGUCAAAUAACAAAAGCAACAUUGCAGCACCAGGCAAAAGCAGCAUUAAUUUACAGUCUGGCUACAUUGGUGUUAGACCUGGGAUAGUAUCUACCUCUACAUCUGCUACAUCUACUUUCAAUCCAACCUUCACCAACACAAUUAUUUCUCGUGCUGCGCCUCCGAAAGCUGCCACAACUGUCUGCACGGCUGUUGCUAAUGUUCCAUUGAUUUUUUCUGCUGCUGGUGCAGUUCUUACUUCCGCUGGCAACAGCAUGCCAUCACUUUCAACCGCGGCAACGACAACAGCCACGUUGGUAUCUAAUCCCAUGCCACUGGUGACCACUUGUGUCAAUGACGUCAUCAACAACACAAAGACUCUUCCAGAUUCUUCGUCGACUACCAUGAAAACGUCAUCGUCUUCGUUGCAGCUCGAAAAUCGAAGCAUCAUACCUGCGCAGGAACCAGAUUCAACCGGAUUGCCAGACACAAAUUACAACAGCAGUGAUUCAUCUGACCUGGAGGACUUUCCAGAUGCAAUUACAUUCACUGCACCUCUGGCAGUUGUCAAUUCAAACCCUCCUCUCAACACCCGACCGUCUUUCAUACAAAAGCAAUUUGGCGGGAUAAAGAACGCUAGCAUGACUCAACCGCCAGAUAUUCCUUCCAAUCCUAGCAGAGGGCCCUCACCGUCACCUCGCGUUCCGUUGAAUUUUCUCAGUCCCAGCAACGUAAGCGCCAUUGCCACAAGAGCGGUAGAUAUCUUGAUGAGGGUACCAAGGGCACCAUUGCUUCGAGGCCCCCCUCAGCCCAUGUUCAGGGGGCCGAUUAGCAGGUUACCAGCUCCUCCUCAUCAACCCAUCUUUCCAUCUUUUUCCAUGCCGUCGUCCAUACGCAGACCUCGGUUUUAAGUUGCUGAUGAAUUUAUGAAGAUUUGAAGAAUUUUUUUUUCAUCAAAACUUUUAAAAUCUGAUUUUCAAUGCGAUGAAUAAACACGAAAGUUUUUUGGCAACUGAUGAUGAGUUUUUCGAAUUAAACUUUGUCGCUCGCCGAUGCGUUUUAUGUUUCUAUUGACACAUUUUUUCAAAACUAAUUGAGAAGUUAACAAACAUCUUUCGAAUGAUGAUGUUCGAUUAUUAUUAUUAUUAUUACGCUUACAAGAAAAUGUUUGGAAAUGAAAUAUAUAAUUGGCUUGAUUGUG